UCUAAACUUACAGGGUAAACUCGUUUCUUUAACGGCCCCAUCUCUAUCCCAUCUGUGUCAAAGCAUCACAAUCGAAUCCGUCACGAUGAAUCAACUGCUUGAAGUCGAAUUCGUGCACUUCCCAUCGCAUGUCGACACGUUUCGCGUGCGCGUCGACACGAGCGACGGCCACCUCCCGUUCAAACUGUGGGUCGAGAACACCACUUCCAAACACGAAUGGGCGGGCGUGUUCCACGAGCUGAAUGCUACGAGUGACGUGUUGCCCUGGCAUGACGUUCUUGCGAUGCUCAAGUCGUCGCUAGUAGCGUCGAGCACCAAGUCGAACGUGCCUGCCGACGUGGACUUGGUCGACGGACCCAACGGCCAUGUGGAGAUGACGAUGGGCCAGUACAAGUUCAACCUGGCGCCUGUGGAUGCCGACACGACCACCAAGCUGGAAGACCGCGUGCAUGCCUUGGAGGCACAAGUGACCGAGCUCAAGAAAACCACCGAGUGGCUGCAGCAACAUCAAAAAUAAGAGAGCUUAUUUUGUGAUAACAAGGCUAUAGAUCAAUAAAAGGCAUUGCAUUUGCUGAAUACGGUUAUAACGCUAAACAGUACAGUUCAUUAUUCCAA